CGGGUCCGUCUAGAAUUCGCUCCCGAGUGCGUCGCCGUUCGACUUCCCUGGAAACCGCGGCUCGCGUCCGCCGCGUUCCGUUGCCGGCGCUCCGCUGCUGUUGCUUCAGCCUCGGGCGCUGAGCGCCACGGCCUGGGUGCAGGAUGGAGGCAAAGGCGGCCUCCACGCCGGCUACUGGUGGCGCCGGGUGCUCGGUGACGGCGGAGGAAACCGAAAAGUGGAUGGAGGAAGCGAUGCAAAUGGCCAAAGAAGCCCUAGAAAAUACUGAAGUUCCCGUUGGCUGUCUCAUGGUCUACAACAAUGAAGUUGUGGGGAAGGGACGAAAUGAAGUUAAUCAAACCAAAAACGCUACUCGACAUGCAGAAAUGGUGGCCAUCGAUCAGGCCCUGGACUGGUGCCACCAAAGUGGCAAGAGUCCUUCUGAAGUAUUUGAACACACCGUGCUGUAUGUCACUGUGGAGCCUUGUAUUAUGUGUGCAGCUGCUCUCCGCCUGAUGAAAAUUCCGCUGGUGGUAUACGGCUGUCAGAACGAACGAUUUGGUGGUUGUGGCUCCGUUCUAAAUAUUGCCUCUGCUGAUUUACCAAAUACUGGGAGACCAUUUCAGUGCAUUCCUGGAUAUCGGGCCGAGGAAGCAGUGGAAAUGUUGAAGACCUUCUACAAACAGGAAAAUCCAAAUGGAAAGAUUAAAUUUCUUCUUGACCUGAGAGAAAUCCCAUCUUCUUAGUGAGAAGCUAUGCUGGCAGGAAGCCAAGGGGAACGCAGCUCGCCGCUUUGAAGGAUCUUCUCCUUAGGUAAGCCCACUACACUGCGCUGUGUUCUUUUAUCCUAAGCACAUCUUAUCUACUUCAUAAGCCUCAAGCAUUAUUUUACUCUUCCCUUCAAAGUCCUGCAUUCUCCAUGAAAUCUUUUCCAACUCCUCCAGCCCACAACGAUCGUUUUCUUCAAACUCCUACUUAGUGUCACAUAGUUUAAUCUCAAUUGGUCUCUAAUUAUAGUAAUUAGAUCAUAAGCUCCUCCAGAGCGAGGAUUUAGCCCAAUGCUAGGCCCAGAGGCGGUUUCGUGAUGGCUUUGCGGUUCUGGAUGGUUUCCAGUCAGCAGGACAAACGGGCGAAUUAGCGCUACCAAGAGAACGCUGUCUGGGCUUCCUGAACCGUACAGACCUCAGUCUAUAGGCACUUUUGCCAGGGCCAGGGCUGUCACUGCCAGAUAGCCCGGCAGCCAAGGGAAGCAUGACUUUGAGCCCCUGUGUUUUCCUCCAGCUCAUCUCUUCUCAUUUGGAAACUUACGUUUUGGACGUGGGCUUUGCGAUUUCCCAUUUUCAGGUUUGAGAAAUCAAGAAGCAGUAGAGGGGCAGAGGUAGAAAUUUUGUAUGUGCUUUGCUAGGACCUAACUUUCUUGUGGAGGCAUAACAAAUAAAAGAGAGGACACGUUGCAUAUUUCAGAGCAACUGAAAUGCUGUGUGGAGAUUGAUUUAUAGAACUUUCUUGCUAGAUUAGUCCAGAAACUGGAUUAAUAUUUUAAUCAUAUUCCCUUGAGAGGAAAAAGCAGCUGGUGAAAUUGUUGGAAGUGACAUGCCAAUCUGCAGAGAAACCGAGUGUGGUUUGGAGACCACCAUGGAAAUAGUAACUUCAGUCAUUAAGUGGGGAAUGAAAGGAAGAAAGAAACCAGAUAAGUUUUCCAGGAUCAAGAAGUUAUUUUUAUUAUAAACUAACCUUAGGGAGACCAUAAGAUUUAUUAUUAUUUUAACAUUUACAUUCAAAUACUGAUGGCUUUAUCGUUUCACUGCUGAUUACUCUUGGCAACAGCAGGGCUCAAUGGGUGCGUAGAACAUCCUUCAUCUUUUUAUUUUGCCGUUUGUGUAUACAGGCUCCAUUGUGCGGGCAAAGGGCAAAACACGGCACUGAGCACACGGUGGCACAAUUCAUGUCUUGAUACAGGAUUUCUCUUUCCCUGUGAACCUGACUUCCCAAGACCUGAAUUCUAGGACGUGCUACGAAUUCACUGGCAUCCUGAAAUCAAAAGGAAGAGGUCUUUUUCUUCUUUUGCUCCCUUGCAGACCUGGAUGACACCAAAUCUUUACAAUGGUCUCUAGCUGGCACGAGCAACAAGCAUCUGGCGUAUAACGUGUUGGGCUCUGGGAAAUGCAAUCUACUGCUUGGGAACUGCCCUCAGAUGGAAACUGAUGUUUAGAUUAUUACUGGGAAUUUGUUUGUGCUUCUGAAUUCUGUGGGAUUAAGGCUGGUGCUGUGAUAUUCUCAUGUGUUCUGUUGACCCUUAGGUAUUUCUUAAAAAGAGGGAAAUGAGAGUCUCAGGGCUGAAAUAAUCAAACUUUGGAGGUGCUAAGUAAGGCUCUACUCCGAUUAUACUGGCAGACGGCCCAGGGUGCAGCUGCUGAUGAAGAAUCCCAGAUUCCACCCGAAGGCCCAAAUACCACCUCUUCUGUCUGGAACUGAGUCAGUAAAAGGAAAUAGGGUAGGGCAGCAUUUUGGACUGAAAUUUCUCUGUGGGAGCAACAGAUUGAAUUGAUAAUGGGAGAAAGUUUGUAUUGUUAACUUUUAUAAGGUGGCCCAGUAAAUUUCAUGAAUUUUAUAGGACUGGCAUAUUAUUCGGCCCAUAUUUUCAUCUGGUGCUCAUUCUUCAUCCUGCUUGGUUGGAUAGCAUAGCUGAGCAGGGUCCAAGAUGAGAAAGAGAGGUGAGGCUGACUGACUGUGGCAUUGGGGCUAAUGUAAGUAAUGUCCUGACCUGUUUCAGCCCCUUCUGGAGGCCACAAUAGAGAGGCAUUCAUAAAAGCCCAGAGGGGAUGAAGUAGCCAUCUCUUUGACACCAGGAAAAUAUGGGGAAAGAGAAGGUAAGAGAAAGUAUGGAGAAAGUAGCUCCAUGAAGGAGAGGGUUCUCUCCCAUUCUCCCUUCCUGAUGAAGACAGCAUCACUGUGGCUCUGAUGAUUAAGUUUACCAGAUUAGUAAGAGAAAUAGAAAAAAAGGGAGGAAUUUUGGUGUCUAAGGGAGGGCGAGUCACUUCUCUAUUCAUGCUAUUCGUUAGUUAAGUGAAGAGCGUUGAUGUGUGUCUGUGCUAAUGGACAAAACUACACUGUGAAGUUAGAAGGCGCUUUGGAGUCUCAUAAGAAGCUGGGGAAGAUGGCUUGGAAGCAGCUGAGAAACACCGCUCUUGGCAUUUGUCCGAACCCCGUGUCCUCUCUCUCAUAAGUGACUUUUCCUCACAUUGGAAUGGAACAUCUGAGAUUCAGUUUUUGUUUUACACUGAGGUUGGAUAUGUGUUGUUCAAUACCAAAGGGCUGUUUUGAAUCAAGGCCUGGAAGCUCACCUCCCUUAGAUAGUGUUCUGUAUGGUCUAGCCUAGUUAGAAAUGAAGCUGACAGAACACCUGCUCGUUUGUUAGACUAACCAGUAAUGGCUAAUAUUCAUUGAGUCUUUAUUGCAUGCCGGGCACAGCUGUAAAGCCUUUGCACCUGUUACGUGAUCCUCGCAGCAAACUUCGGACGUUACUGUUCUUUUUCCCACGUAAGGAGUGAAUUAAUAGAGGUUCAUAAGGUUUAAUGUGCUCAAGAUCACAGAGCUAGUCAGGGGCAGAAGCAGAGUUUAAACUCUGAUUUAAAUUCCAAGUAGGAAAAGAACCAGAAGGAUGGUGAUUGUUGUUCCCGGCUCAUCCCUUCACUGGAACAAAAUACUAAAACUUGGGUUUAUUCAUGAGGCCAGCCUUUGGCAUUUUUCGGUAGGUAGUGAAUUUGCGUGUCUUUUUCUACCCUGUGUGUAUGUGUUUGUUUUGUAUUUAAAAAAAAUUUUUUUAACAAAGUGAAUCUUCUCGAAGGAAAAGAACUGUUUUUCUUGUGAGAAUAGAUCCUAGGGUACUUAUAAGAUUAAAAAAAUAUAAUUGGACCAUUAGCUUUGUUCUUUGCAAAAACUGGAAGUAAAAUUGCAUGAUUUUGUAAAAAAAUUUCAAUGAGACACGUCCUGUGAAGGAUCCACAGAUGAACUGCCAAUACCUUUGCAUAUUCUGUAUUGUUUCUUCAAAAUAAUAGCACACGUUUUCACUACUGUUGUUAUUAUUGUCACCAGAUAUUGUGCUAAGUGAUUUACAUGUGUUUUCUCAAAUUAAUACGUAUGUGAUAGGUUUUGCCAUCAUAUAUCACGUACCUACUAUCACAGCAAUGCUCCAUCACAAAAACCCACGAAAGCUCAGUGGCAUACAAAAAUAACUGUUUGUUUAUACAUCUAGAGCGAUUGGCUAAACAGAUCUGCCAAUCUUGGUGCACUGGCUCGUGACCCAUAGCAUUUGGCUGACUGAAGACUGAUCCUGCCUGGCCCUGGCUCAGAUGAAUGGGGCAAUGCAGCUCCUCCAUUUGUCUCUUAUCCUCCAGUGGGCUGGGCUGGGCAUGUUCUGGUGGUGAUUACAGAGCUGCAAGCUCUGAACAAGCCUGAUUGCAUAAAUCCAUUUCAACCUUC